GGAAAAAGAUUUGGACCUGUCAUUGCCUCAAUCGUUGGACCCGUAAAUGGACCCGUCAUUGGCUCAAUCGUUGGACCUGUAAAUGGACCCGUCAUUGGCUCAAUCGUUGUACCCGUAAAUGGACCCAUCAUUAGCUCCAUCAUUGGACCCGUCAUUGGCUCCAUCAUUGGACCCGUUAAUGGACCCAUCAUUGGCUCCAUCAUUGGACCCGUUAAUGGACCCGUCGUUGGCUCUGUCGUUAGUGAAGAUGGUAAGAUGGUGGUGAAGAUGACUGAAAGAUUCUUAAAAAUUCGUGCGUUGUUGAUAAUGGGCGGAGCUGUGGCAGGUUUCUUGAUCAUCACCCGUUGGCUUCCUCACCACCCGCUAGAUGAUGAAUACAAUGUGAAGGUAAGAGAUUCCUCGAGUGGGGAGGAAACUGAAGCUUGUUAA